AUGAGAGCGUACGCUGAGGCACUUCCCAUCGAAUCCCGCCCCUCGAGCCCCACAGACAAUCCCUUCACAAUUAUGAACGACGAGCGUACCUCCCACACUGCCAGAGUCCACUCCGUUGGACCUCAGACCGUAAAUGGCAUGCAGAGAACUAUCUCGAAGAAGGUGUCGACAAGGAGCCUUGUGUCGGCUCCCUCCGCGAUGUAUGUCGCUGCAGAUCCUGCCGGUCAAGCGCAUGCCAUGGAACCAUCUUCACCGAGUCGUCACCCGACAUAUGAGCACCAACAGUUUAUCAGCUCGUAUCACCACGGAACACAUGCCCCACCCAUGCCAUAUACUGUUACCUCUUCGCAAUCCUCAUCGUCCCGAACCUCAUCCGCACACUCGACAAACGUAAAUAUGGACCGCACAAACGUGGGCCAUCCCUACGACUCAAACUAUGACUUUACGUCGCACCAAAGCCCAUCCCCUGCUCAUAUCAAUCAAUCCGGACACACGUCGUGCGGCGUGUCGUCAGGUAUGGGAAUACCCACAAGUGAAUACAGGCCGUUAACGAGCGUGAUGACCAACCGGGGAACUUCCCCAAAACGGGAUCAGAGCAGGAUUCCGGAUAGACAUGUCGGGAUGGGUAACAGUCCUGGACAUAGAGGCAGGUGGACAGAGCCCGUGAACGAGUUAGCGACUGCGACAACAUCCUCCGGAGAUGGGGAGAGUCACAGAGCUACGCCACGCAAGAAGAUAGGCAGGCCUCCGAAACAUGAGUGGGAAGGGCAAGGAUGUUUUUCGUUGCAUGAUCGGGGAAGAUAG